AGUUCGCUUCCCUACCGGUUCGGAGAUCACCGGAAAGCCCGCGGCGUAGUCGGCAAGAGAGUGAUGGCAGAAGAGAAGGAAUCCACGUCGGUCCCGCUGAGCCAGGCGGUCGAUCCCGAAGACCCUGCCAAAUUGCCGCCCACUUCGCCCAAUUCCUCUACUCGGAAGGCUUGCUGUGCUGUUCUCCAGAGCUGGGUCUCAAAAAAGUUUAUGACUGGAUGUGUGGUUCUUUUUCCUGUUGCCAUCACAUUUUUCAUCACAUGGUGGUUCAUUCAGUUUGUUGAUGGUUUCUUCAGUCCAUUAUAUGCCAAGCUUGGUGUUGACAUAUUUGGCCUUGGAUUUUUGACAUCUCUAGUAUUUGUGUUUCUUGUUGGCAUUUUUGUUUCAUCAUGGCUGGGUGCCACUGUUUUCUGGCUUGGAGAGUGGUUUAUAAAGAGAAUGCCAUUUGUAAGGCACAUUUAUUCAGCAUCAAAACAAAUCAGCACUGCCAUAUCUUCAGAUCAAAAUGCUGCAGCUUUUAAAGAGGUUGCAAUUAUUCGUCAUCCACGUGUCGGUGAAUAUGCAUUUGGUUUCAUCACAUCAUCGGUGAUCCUUCAGAGUGAUAAAGGUGAUGAAGAAUUAUGCAGUGUUUAUGUCCCAACAAACCAUCUAUAUAUCGGAGAUAUAUUUUUGGUUAACUCUCAAGAGAUCAUUAGACCAAAUCUGUCUAUUCGGGAAGGCAUAGAGAUCAUUGUUUCUGGGGGGAUGACAAUGCCGCAAAUGAUUGCUCCUCUAGAACAGAUCCCGCGCAAGAAUCAGAGCAUUCGCUUAAACAGGAUUCCAUAGCAAGGCUAAAUAAAACUAUGAGUUGGAUCAUGGGAAGCUCCAUAAAUUCAAAUCUUAGCUUGUGCUGUUAUUUGAAGUGUCUUGUUAUGUGGUGCAUUCAUGGCUUUGCAGCACAAAGAAGCAAGGAAAAAAGGAAGAAGUUUGAGCUUGAUGUUCUCUAACAUACCUUAAGAGUGGUUAGACGUGCAGUUUUACCUCGUUGGUAUUGUAAAACUGUUGCUUUCUUUUCAUAUUUUGUUGUUUAAUGUACAAAAAGAUGAGGCAUUAUUACUGCAUAUAUGAAGCAUAGACUCUUUGGUACUGUAUUUCCAGUUAGUGUUGUGCUGCACUUCGAGGUUCGAAUGGAGGCAUUCGCCUGACGUCUUUGAUCAACCUGUGUGAACCAAAUGGAUGGGAUA